AUGGAGCAUUCAGAAGUGUACACUAUUCGACGAAGUGAAGAGCGUGAUCAGAUCCAAGUGCUUGAGCUAGACUCACCCAGUAAAGAUGCUCGUCGGGCAUACUUUGGUCGUACACAAGUUGGUGUUGUAAUUGAAACGUCAUUAUUGGCACUGACAGCGACAGAUCCAGCAAGACCCGAACGAGUUUUAGGCUUUGCUGCGUUUGAUAGCUCGCCGUUGGGUGAAGUGGCUACUGAAGCUUGUUUUCCUGCAUUUCUUGAACACAAGUUCGAUUUGCCUCCUACUUCAUCCUUCGUGUUUCUGACAUACAUUGCCCAAAGGCAGGCGAAGACGAACCGCUCGCCAGUACUGAAGCAUCUACUGCAGACAACGUUCGGUACUUUAUCGCAUAUUCAAUGCGUGCUGCUUGUUUUUCCAGAAGAUGUGAAUCUGGUCGAGGCUGAACCAGCGCUGGCCAAGUUUUUUGAACGGGUACCGGCCCGUUCAACUCCGAUGCAAGUUCCGAAGGGUUCACAAGCGACUAUGGCUGAAUGGAGACGUCUUGAACAACAAUUUGCCAAAAACGACAAGAAGUUUUGUCAGUUUACAGUGUACCAAGCAAAGGUGGAAGCGUUUUACCCACCCGUCAAAGUCCGUCGCGCAAGAGUAGAAGACCACGACGAUGUGGAGCCGAUUUUGACGGCACAAGCUGAUAGCGUUUCCUCUGCCUUUGGAGAAUAUUUCUUGGCGGAACUUAUCAAUGACCAAGACGAGCACAACGUUUGUUUAAUUGCUGAAGCUUCAAGUAGUACAACGAGUUGUGCGAGUCAAAAUCGAGCUGUGGGUCUAUUGGCGAUCUCAGAUCAGAUCGAUGUCUGCACUCUUCAAGAUAAUUUUGCUCUCAAAGCACUCAAUGAUUUAGCUAAUAGUACUUCAGCGACUGACGCAGUUACGCCACCGAGACUAGUGAUUGCUGGCCCACCUGCUGGAGGAAAAGGUACACAAUGCGAGCUUUUGGUUGAGGCUUUUAAUGUGCUCCACCUUUCAACAGGUGAUCUUUUACGCGCAGCAGUGGCGAGUGGCUCACCACUGGGGCUUAAGGCUCAGCAAUUUAUGGACUCUGGACAAUUAGUGCCUGACGAGCUAAUUGUAGACGUAGUACUUGAUAGGUUGGGUCAAUCCGAUUGUGAAGUGCGAGGCUGGCUACUGGAUGGUUUUCCACGUACAGCCACACAAGCCGAGGCAUUAUUAGCUGCAGGUUUCUGUCCCGAUGCAGUCAUUGCCCUAGAUGUACCAGACGAGGAAGUCGUACGGCGUAUUGCUGGGCGUCGAGUUGACCCAGAAACAGGAAAAACGUACCAUCUUGAGUUCAAUCCACCGCCAGAAGAAGAACUAGUGCUUGCUCGGCUCGUACAGCGCAGCGAUGAUACGGAAGCUACAAUACGUGAGCGUCUUUCAACAUUUCACAAGCAUCUGGCCUCAGUUCUGUCUGCGUUUCAAUCAAUCCCAGGCUCUCGAGGUGCACAGAUCAUUACUGUGAAUGGACUUCAGUCUAAGCAUGUGGUCGCACAGUACAUUAUUCAUCAGAUUCGUAUCAUCAAAACGGCGCAAAAACUACAAGUGCUGAUUCAAAGGCGUGACGUGACACCUCCAAAGCUGGUCAUUUCGGGUCCACCAGCAGGAGGCAAAGGCACACAAUGUGAACAGCUAGUAGCAUUGCUUAAUAUUGUGCAUUUGUCCACUGGAGAUAUACUACGCCAGGCAAUCCGUGAUGGAUCACCUCUAGGAAUUCAGGCUCAAAAUUUCAUGAAUGGAGGUCAAUUAGUGCCCGAUGAGUUGAUUAUGAACGUUGUGCUUGAGCGUAUCGUACAACCAGAUUGCGAGAGGCGAGGGUGGUUGCUUGAUGGAUUUCCACGUACAUCUACGCAGGCUGAAGCUCUGCUAGCAGCUCGUAAUGGAAAAGCGGCUCCGGACUACGUGCUUGUACUUGAUGUGCCGGACGACGAAGUCAUUCGUCGAAUCGCCGGGCGUCGCGUUGACCCCGAGACUGGGAAAACGUAUCACGUUGACUUUAAUCCUCCACCUCCCGAGAUCAAAGCGCGUGUAAUCCAGCGUAGCGAUGAUACGGAGGAGACACUACGUACGCGACUGGAGCAAUUUCAUGCGCAUAGUGAUAGCGUAUUAGCUACAUUCAAAGCUUAUCGCGGCGACAACGGCUCAGCGAUUCAGAUCAUUCGGUCUGACGGGUUGCAAUUGGCUCCUUUAAUCACCAAGGCUUUUAUGACUCCGAUGAUUCAACGUUGUAAAGAGGCAGAAGCGAGUUUGUUGCAACGAUCUGGAGCAGACAGUUUUCUUAAGAUGAUUCGUGCCGAAGCGCGCACGAAUUGCUUCGCUAUUACAUUAUUUUGCGUUGACGAAAAUGCGUUUGAGCGCUCAUCGUCAAUGGAUUUACUGUCAGCAGCGUUUGCUGCCUUCCCAACUCGUGACUACUGUUUACUCACUCUGCCCACACAUGCACGAGAGCCUCCGUGUCUCAAAUUCUUCUCUCGAAUUCCAGCAAAUCCGGCAAGUACAUUCACGCAUGCUCUGUAUGUGUUACAUCGUGAGGCAAUUUCUUUCUUCUGCCCACGUAUGAGCGAUGAUCGUAUCGUUCUUAACCCCGUACGGAUUGACGUGCAACGUUUUCUUCCGAGUGACGUCAGCGCUGCCGAAGACAAGGCAGAAUUGGCUCCAUUUAUUACUGGACUCAAUCGUCAAGCACGCUUAGAAGUCGAUCAAGAGCUUGCAAGUGCCAUGGAGGAAGCGGAAAGUGAUUUAAAGGACUUGCCGCGACAUGUAGCAUUCAUUGUGCGUGCGAAUGGACGAAUUGUAGGGCUGGCCACGCUUGAGAGACAGCCGGAUAUGUCCAGCUUCUUGCCUCAACACUUUGAUAUUGAUCGGGUAGCACGCAUGACAAUCCACCGUCCCAGAGAUCUGGCGUUUGUGCGUCACUUGAUCCUUAAUCCCAUCUUUGCAUCGUGCUCGCGCUUUGUCCUACUCGAGCUCAUGCGUCUUUUCCAGAAGACCUGCCUUAUGUAUCAGGUGCCAACCGAGGGUUCCGACAAGUCAAGUCCAGCGUUGUUUAGUGCGUUAGACGAAUUUGUGCUGGCUCCACCUCGACGGGGUGUACGAAUCAGCACAGCACGAGAUUUUCAAGCUACGACCAGAGAUGAUGAGAAUCUAGACGACAGCAUAAAAGAUGAACGGGAGCGACGACGACAAGCAGCACUUUGUGCGGCCUUUGCACUGUUCGUUCUUCCUAAACGCUUGCUGUCUGAGCCCAAGCUGACGGUAAAUCAGAGGAUAGUUUUUGUGGGAGCAUCGGAUGCUGCUUUGAGCUGUUUGACUCGCUUGGUUGCGAUACCAUACUUGCACUUUUCCAACCUCACCCUUGUGUCUUCUCAUGGACUGACGGUAGCACCGACGGAUGAAGACGAAGACAUUACUAGCCCCAAACCUUCAAAUUUUGUACGAAAGAGUCUGUUCAAUGCAGUGGAGCUCAAGCAGUUUAGCUUACGUACUCAUGUUCGAGUUGUUGCGAGUCGCAUGGUGCGUCUGGACCGGAAUACUCGUGCUAUCAUUCUGCAAGAUGGUUCUUGUAUACCGUACGAUUAUUUGGCACUAACGGCAGGGCUUCAAGAUGGUACGUGUACUGCACUUGGGAAGCUGCCACGCUUUGUGGAUGAAGAUUUUAGUGAAUCAAACGGAAAAAUGAUUCAAGCGACGUAUUCUUCCCCGGUAGUUCCGGAUCACAUGGUGGCACUAGGAGAUCUAUCAACAGCCCAAUGGCUUCACACGGCAAUGAACAAGGCGCUCACAUACGCGAAUGACGGAAAUGGAGAAGUUUUUGUAGUGUAUGGCAGCACAUUGUUGGCACUUCAGGUAAUACAAGCGCUACUGGCUCGUGGAAUAAAGGGAAACAGCAUUCAUCACGUUUCCCCAUCACGUGAGAAAGGAUAUGGCGUGUUUGAAGAUGCGGUGGUGCGCGCUGAAAUGGACAAGCAGUAUAGUACAAGUGGAGUCUCGCUUCAUGCUGGAAUGAAGAUCAUUCAAAUCGAAACCAAGCCAGAGAACGACAGUGAGCUUCAAGGUGUCCGCAUCAUGCCUUUACAUGACUCAAAAAAUACCGUGCUAGCUGAUGGCGGUACAAGAAAUUUGUCGGUGGAAGGCAAGUUUCUGUCAUGCUCAUGGUUGUUGUGUUGCCAGCAGAACGACUCGGAUGCUGACCUGUUUCGUGCCGUGAAUGAAAGUGGUCUCGUGUACGACGGACGUCUUGUCGUGGAUGGUCAGAUGCGCACGACUGAUACGCACGUGUUGGCUGCAGGAACAUUGUGCCGGUUUUCAAGGCGUUUCAUUGAUGCCAAGUUGCAUGAAGGCUACAGCAGCCUUGAAGGUGGUAAACUGCUCGCGAACUCGCUACUUCAGCUCGUUGAUCCCUUAGCGCUUCUUGAUUCGUCCUCGAUUGCUCACUCAUCUACACAAUCGACAAAGACACGCAUGAUACCACCACCAAAGAUGGAGAUGCCAAUUAUUCGUAGCGCUGUCGUCCUUGGUGGUAAGCACUACGUACAAGUCAGUGUACCUGAUCUAACCAAUACGUUAGCAUUACAUCCACUGUCCACAAACACUGCAUCACAAGCAACUGACGUGAACCUCAUCGAUACGGACAAUCGUGCACCGUCUAGUCUUGGUAGAAAAAUUAACGAAUCAUCGAGAUAUACGUGUCUGUUUUUUGACGAUGUCGGAGUGCUGAUUCGGCUCGAGUAUUUGGGAGACGAUCCCGUGUCCGUCCGCAAUCUCCAAAACCUUGUGGGGCUGCACGAAGCGUAUCUCAAUAGUGCAGUGGCAUCGUAUUCGGCGGGCAAAGUGGUCGACUGGGUGACGUUUUUUGCCCAACCGUGGGCCAGCGCUCUGUAUCACGAUCGAUUUCCGGCUUUCCGUGCCAGAUUGCGUGAGUUCUUGGCCAAAGAUGAUGAGGUUCGUGCGAUUGCAGAUGACGCAGUGGCGUUCAUGCGAGAGACUGGCGAUACGAUGGGGGCGAUAGCAUUGGCACAGGAGCGUGUUGGACGUGGCGGUGGUAAUCUAGAACCGUCUACUCGACGACUUGUGGAGAGCCAAGUGCUCGAGUUCUUAAGUUCCAACCGAGAUGUCUUGAACAUGUUUUUGCUGCCUAAAGGACAACAGAGUAGCAAGUGA